CGGACAAACAAUAUCAAUAGUACUACAACUGCCAAUGAAGAUAGUCGGCGAAAUUGCUUAUCGCUUGCCUCUUUUGUUUGGAUGAAAUGGGAAACACGAAGAAACUUAAAAACUUAAUUAAAGAUGAUCGCCCGCAGAAAUUGAAAGCAUUUGUUACAUCACACAAUAUUCAGAUAUGCAGUGUUCAGUUUAGUCAUGGAAGAAACAUUUUACAUUACUGCUCCCUCAAGGGUUCACCAGAAAUGCUUAAGUGAGUUUAUUUAAGUUCAGUUUUCACUAAUUUUAUUACAUGAUAAUUAUUCCAAGCUCAAAAGUGAAAACGACUGGAUCUUAAUUUAGUAAAUUUGGGUUAUAAUUAUUAAUGAUAAUGGAUUGGAUGCCUUGAACUUGAAACACAGAAAAGUUCUCUGUACUAGUACUACUGUUUUAUUUUAUCAAACUCAGCAAACGGUCUUCAGAAAAAUUGAUUACCUUCUCCGCUAAUGUAAAAAAAUGUAGCCAUGACGUUUACCUGUUUUGUUUAAGAUAAAGUUUAAGAAGGGAGAUUAUGGAAUUCAUCAACAAGACAAAGAUGUAUGAAUGUAUGUUGUAAAGCAGCCUAGCCAGAAAAUGACAUUCAUAGCAUCCUCAUUAUCUUUUAAUUACAUACUGACAUACUGAUAUCCUCUUAUAUUAUUAAUAUUAGUCUUAUUAUUAUUGGGGAUUUUAUUAUUUUAUUUUUUUAUAAUUAAUGCAUUAAAUUUAAUUUUUUUUAGAAGACUUCUACUUACCCUUUUUUUUUUUUUAAAUUUUUUAAAUGAAGCCUAUAAGACAUGUAUUUUUUUUUGUAAAUUUUGUCUCUAUAAAUAAUAACUUUUCCAAUUUUUCUUUUCAGGAUUUUUUUGAUCAACCUUCAAAUAAAAUUAUCAAAAAUAAAAAAAUUCUUAAUUUUAUGUAACAGGUUUAUUGUUUAUUCUGUUGUGUAGUUCAAUGAAAAUAUUUCCUGAAAAUCUGAUAGCAUUAUCUUUUAAAAGUAAAAAAAAGUUGUGGGCAAAAUAAGGUGGAAAGUUGGUCCCAAUUUAUGGCAGUCAAAUUUUUAAAAAUUAAUAAGGGGCUUUAAAAAAAAUUCACCCAUAAUAAUCAUAACUCCACUGCUAUAAAAUCUAGGAAGAUAAAAUUGAUGUUUUUACAAAGCUCAUAGCUAGCCCUUUAAAAUUAUGCUUCAUUUAUGAUUUAUGGCAAUAGGACAAUAUUUAAAAUUUUUGUCAAAGUACCUAGUAUACUUAAAUUUGCAGUCUUCCACACAUUUUUAAUUAUGCAUCCAAUGUUCAAUGUUUUAUUCUGUUAAUGAGAUUGCAUUAUUCAAUUUUCCUUGCAGAAGUUUGCUAAAGCUGGGCUGUGAUGCAAGUUUACAAGACAAAGAUGGUAACCUCCCUCUACAUGUGGCAUUGCAACGUGGUUUGAAAGAAGAUGUUAGAUUAGCAAGAGAAAGUUAGUUCUUUUCAUUUGUUUUUAUUUGCACCCUGUUAGGUAACAUUCAACAUAACUCAACUGUAUUUUUAAGAGUAGAUGCUGUGAGCUUAUCUCUGAAAUAAAUAUGAUUUUCCUUCUCAUACAUUUUGUUUAGCUUUGGUUGAAAUUGUGAUGCCCCUUAUAGAUGCCUACCCAAUGGGACUAGAUGUAGAAAACAAAGAAGGUUCUACUGGUCAGGAUUUGUUAAGGGCAUUGAAGAGACUAAUCAAAUCUGCAACUAUUACAUCCAAGAAGGUAAUAUAAGUAUUAUCUGACUUAAUUAAUGCUGCAGUAAGGAAAUUUCUUAUUUGUAGUUAUGAGCUGCAAAGACUGUACAAAAAUUACAGAACACGAAGAUUUGUUUAAACACUAUAUUUUAUCCAUGAUAUUCUUUAAAUAUUAAAUCUUUUAUUUUACAGUAGAUCAGUAAUUGGUAACCUGUGUCUCUGGAGCCAUUUCUCUUUCUGUGCCCUCAAACAAUAGAAUUUUCUCCCAUUAAACAUACGCAAUAUACUGACCAUCCCAGCAUUCAAAACUGCCCUCAAGACCCAUCUCUUUAAACUCUACUAUACCGACUCAUUCUCGCCCCUCCCUCCAACUUAUAAACAAGGCUCGAUGCUGCUGGGUGCUGUCCAUGGCUAGAUAGGGGUAGAUAGUACUUGGGUGGGUGAGGUCAAGCCUUUUACCAAUUUUUUUUUUUUUUAAAUUUAUAAUUUUCUGUAAUUGCAAAUUUUUAUGUGAAGCACAAUGAGCUUAGCCCUAGGCUGGGGUACUGAGCUAUAUAAGUGAGCCUAGCCCUUGGCUGGGGUACUGCACUAUAUUUAACGACCUUAAUAAUAGUAAUAUAAUGGCUGUGGCUCAUUUUUUAACUAAAAUAUAAUGAAAUUUAAACACUCCACCAUACCUUAAGCUAAAAAAAAAUUGUUAGUCGUUAAAAUCUAUAAAAAUGGCUCCUCACUUAAAAAAGUUUUCUGACCCUUGGCUUAGAUGAACCUAUACCAACAUGAAGCUCUCUAAUGUAUUUUAUAUCAAUCAAAUCCUUAUAAUUUUGAAAAAUAACUAAGGAAGUAAGUGGUGCUGGGUUUUUUUCAGAAUGAUUUAUUACUAUUUUAAUCAAAAUAUAUACAUAAUUACAUGAUUUCAGGAGGCAGAGUUUGAAGCAGAGAAAAGAAGACAAGAAGAGGAUGAAUUAUGGAGGCAGAAGUUAAGUGACGAAGUAACAUUUGAGUAUGAGGAACAGCUGCCUCGGUAUGAUAGCAGAGAAGGUAACUGUGUUUAUGUCUGCCUCCUUCAUUAAAUUAUGUUUUUAACACUGUUGUAGAUGUACUGAAAAGAUAUCUCAAGCAAUCAUGUUGUUUUUUCUUCUCAUUAUUACCAGAUGGGUUAAAUAAGAAUUCUUUUUAACUAAAAUAACAUGCUUUAUUGAUUUCUGAUGUAGUUUUUACUUUUUGUAGCUAAUCACAACUUAAGUAGGGGAAAAUAACAGGAUCAUUCCUAAUAUUUUGUUAAUUUUAACCUUAAGUACAGCAUGUUAUCAGACUUUUUUUUACUUGUUUUUAUGUGUAUAAGUAUAACUUAAAACGGUCAUAUUGGAAAAUCUUUUUUUGUAACUGUUUUCAUGAUUUAAAAAAAUCUCUUUUAUGUGUAAUAUAUGAGCAACAAAAUUUUUCAGAUUAUACCCAUGAAAGAACAACGGAAACUUUUGAUGAAUGGUCCGAGAGAAUACGAAAAGACUUCAGUUCAAAGCAACGCAACAGUCAUAAUCAUAGAUUUUGGAGAGACAAGAAACAUAAAGUGGAUAAUGAAGCUGAUGAGGCAACAAGAAAGAAGAGAUCUCGCCAAGAAGACGAUGAUGAAAAACUUAGAAAGGCUAGAGAGGAGAUGAAGAAAAAUUUCAAACCUGUCCAAUUGGAGAACAGAACUGAUAGACUGCUGCUGAGGAAACAGAGAUACGAGAGUAAAUUCUUGCACCUUUUGGGCCACUUGGCUGGCAGGACAUUGACCUUUGGUUGUAUACCAUGGCCUUGCUUAGACGUGUCCACCCUCAUUGAUGUUUUGUUUUGUGAUCUCUCUGAUAAAGAGAGCCCUGCCUACCGCAAGUAUCUGCGCAGUCAGCAGGUGCGCUGGCACCCUGACAAGUUCACACAAAAGUUCAGGGAUUAUCUGCAUCCUGAUCACAUCCCCAAGAUCAUGGCAAGGGUCAAAGCUAUAUCUCAAAUACUCAACCAACACAGCAGUGAAAGAUUGGGAAAUCAGUAAAUUGAUUGGUGACAUAUUCAGUUGACAUUGUGCUAGAGAAAAAACACUUUAUUGAUUGAAAUGGAUGACAAUCUUAAUCAACACAAUAGUGACAAUAUUUUGAAUAAUAUAAUAAUCAUUUGGUAUGAUUGAUGAAUUCCUCCUAAAUCAACUUACUGAUGUCAUCGUAGAACUUAGCAGCAUGUUUGUCUAAUGUCACAAAGCAGCAUAUGUUUGUGACACCUCACAAUCCUAUAUUAUUUGUUUAUUUAUUAUUGUUCAUGAUUCGCAAGCUGAGAUGAGCAAGGCAAAAUUCAAUUUGAGUGGUAGCCUUGACUUGAGCUGUUGUUUUUUUUAAUUCUGGAAGAGUUGCUCAAGUCCUCAGCCUUACUCUCUCGUCCUUGUCUGUUUGAUCCAAUGGCAAGACUUAGUCAUGGCAACUGGAAGUAAACAAGGAUGCAGUAAAUAACCCACAGUGUUUUUUUUGUGUUUCACUGUGCUCUUUAUGCGUUCCACUUUGCAGGAUUUUUGCAUUUGUGUCAAUGCCAUACGGCCUAUGACUAUGGGACUCCAUCUUCAGGUUUGAUUUCAGAGUUUGCCUUCUCUUAGAUGAGUUGCCAUCCAAGGUUAAUGAGUCCCACCCACCCGGUGCUGUUUUUGCUUGUGCUCCAGUCCACAAGCUUGGGAUUGACUCAGUUUAAACCGCUCAGACACUCUGCAUCCUGUAAAAAGACUAUAGGUGUUACUGGUAUCCAUUACUUUGUUGUUCUCUUAAACUUAUCAUAAAUUUGGUAAACUUAACUCAUGC